AGAAGACUACAACUUGCCCGAACAGGAAAUCGCAAAUAACUUCAGCGUCGGCUGUGAAGUCCGAUCGAUCGAGCUAUCCGGAUCUCGCUUAGCGUUACUGAAUGUGCUGAUAGAAAGUCCGAUAAGGGAAAAAACAUCAAAUUCCACUAGGGCGGAACAUCCCUCCUUGUUGGGGUUCGUUGGGCUUGAUUCUCUGCAUCUCACCUCCUUCAUAGUACAUACUACAUACACACUCUCCACUCAUUCCUCUGACAGGCUGUGCGCGCAUUACUGGGGCUGGGAGUACUUACGGCAGCGGCCGGCCGUGUUCAUCAAAUGCUCUUACAGACCAACGAGCUAUCACUGCUGCCGCCGGAGGGUCUUGAAUUGCAUGGGUAGAGACCCUGCAGUUACGAGCACGGUCAUUAAGUAUAGCAGCCGAUGAUCGCGCCGACUCUCACCAGCAGAGCCUGCAGUGGCCUGCCCGCCUCUGCCGUCUCCAGCUUCUGGAGUAUCGCAAGCGGCACAUCCUCAUCAACGUGGCUCGAUGGGCGCUCUCGGGUUUACAAUGGAUCGCAGUCGCAUCGAUUGAAGCGAACAUGGACACGGUCAUUCCAUUCGACACUCUCACGAGACGCUUCCAAACCUCGCCUGAGCUACCGUAUCGCUGCCGCAUCCUCCGCCAAGGGUCGUCGCUUUCACCCGGACAAACAUGCGUACAAUUUCGACCCGAACGUGCAGGAUGCCUUGGGCCUGCUCACUGGCACAGAUCUGAUUGAGAGAAAGAAACAGAGACCAGAGAGCGGGGAGGACGCCUUCUUCGUCAGUAAGGUCGGCCAGACAUCAUCCGGUGUCGUCGCGUUCGGAGUCGCGGAUGGCGUGGGAGGUUGGACAGAAUCCCGGGUUGACCCGGCAGACUUUUCGCAUGGCCUGUGUAGCUACAUGGCACAGACUGCACUGGGUUGGGAUAUGGAAGCGGACACGCUGCAUGCAAAGAACCUGCUGCAGAAGGGAUAUGAUCUCUUGGUUGAAGAUCCAUCAAUUCAGGCUGGUGGAAGCACAGCCUCCGUUGGAGUCGCGCAGACGGACGGUAGGGUGGAAUUAGCAAAUCUUGGUGAUUCUGGCUCAGUCCUUCUCCGCCUUGCCGCCGUCCAUCACUACUCCAAACCACAGACGCACGCGUUCAAUACUCCAUACCAGCUUAGUAUCAUCCCACCGCGCAUGCGUCUGCAGGCCUCCAUCUUCGGGGGAAAUUACCUGGAAGACCUGCCUCGUGAUGCAUCCGUAACGAACAUCAACAUGCAGCAUGGUGAUAUCCUCGUGCUAGCGACAGACGGUGUCUUCGAUAAUCUUAGCAACCAAGACCUCCUCAAAAUCGUCACGACACGUAUGGUCUUGACCGGAGCGUGGACGGGAGCAGCCAAUGCGGGCAUUGCGAUCUCAGAACAUCUCGACGCGCUGACAAGACCAGGCGGCCUGGCAUUACCCCCAUCUGGUGAAUCAUCGGAGAAGGAACGCCAGAAAGUCCCCCGUAAUAGCCGCCAUACUCUUCAAUCUCUCCUGGCCUUAUCAAUCGCCGGAGAAGCCAAAGUGGCCAGUCUGGACUACCGCCGCGACGGCCCCUUCGCCAAAGAAGCCCAACGCUACGCCCCCGCGGAUUGGUACCGUGGCGGUAAAGUGGACGAUAUCUGCGCUCUUGUCAUUGUGGCCGUUGAAGAGGGCAAAUGAACAUAUCAUUCCACACACACACACAUAUAUGUAUCAAGCAAGCGACUUGGAAACAAAACAAGAAAAAAAAACAAGAGGAAGGAAACAAAACAAACAACCUAUAUAUAGAAUAGAAGCACGCGCUACCUACCUCAUCUUGGUGCCUUGGACGUCGUACAGUAUACGAGGGCAUGCUGCAUGUAUCCAUUCCUCAGUGAUUAACCUUGCAGAAACAUCCUGGUCUUGGUUCCACGAAAUCAUAGCAGUGCCAUCUGCAAGGGACGAGGUACCUAACCAGUUACUACUGGCUUUGGCUAGUUAUGUUUUUUUUUUUUUUCCUAUU